AUGAGUCGAAAAGACGAGGCCUACCUGCAGAAAACCUAUAAAACUGAUUCCCUCCCCAUCUGUUUCUCCCACGGCCCACUUGCAUUUCCAAAGGCAAGGCUUCCACAUCCGGGGUUUUCAGAAUCGCCAGCCGCUUGCAGAGGCCAUUUUUUUCCCCUACCGCCCCUACCCCGGACUUUUCCGGGCGCCCGAAUUGCAAUCUUCCCCGCCCCAAAGAACGGAAAUACCGUGGCGGGCGAACAGGUAUUGGCCUCCCUUCUCCAUCUAAGGAGGGCUUCUGGGGGCCCGGGCCGGGAUGGAGGCCCGCGGCGGCGGAUACCAGCCAAGGCCAAAAGCUGCCGCCAUCAAACUCACCUUACAGCCACAGCUACCGCCGGGGAAAAGGAAGGGCGAAGGAUUCUGGGAAGCCUUCGUGCCGCUUCCGGGUCUCGCGAGAAGACGCCGCAAACGCGAGUUCGACAGUUAAGGGAGCGGGAAGGAAUUGCACAGCUGGGCGUGGAACGAAGAAGGCGCCCAGGCACCGUUCAUAAAGUCCUGUAG